CCGAUCCCAACACAACGCAGAUGCACUCCUGAUAUCGUCUCUUCAUUAUUAUAUAUUGGCUCACUCAAUAUGGGCGCGCUUCUGUCGCUGCCUUUGAUGGCAGUGCCCAGCGUCGGCACCUUGAUAACAUUCUGCGCCUCUUGUUGCGGUGCGGCUACAUGCUCAGCGAUAUGUAGUGCCUGUGGGAAAUUCCAGAGCAGCAUGGCCACGAGAAUCGCCUACGCCGUCAUACUCCUGUUUAAUUCAAUAUUGUCCUGGAUAAUGUUGACACGAUGGGCGCUAAGCAAAUUGGAACAUCUCACAUUUGACUUUUUGCCGAUCAGUUGCGAGGGAGAAAAGUGCUAUGGUUGGGUUGCGGUUCAUCGGAUCAACUUCGCUCUCGGGUUAUUUCAUGUCAUUUUGGCCCUUCUCCUGCUCGGGGUCCGUUCUUCUAAGGACGGUAGGGCGGGCCUUCAGAAUGGUUUCUGGGGCCCAAAAAUCAUCGCGUGGCUGCUUUUGGUGGUGAUGUCAUUUUUUAUCCCCGAGGGGUUUUUUUUUGUUUGGGGGAGCUACAUAUCCUUCAUCGGUGCCAUUUUGUUCCUACUACUAGGUCUUAUCCUGUUGGUCGAUUUGGCCCAUACCUGGGCUGAAAUCUGCCUGCAGAAGAUCGAAGAACUCGAUUCUCAAAUGUGGCGUGUCUUAUUGAUCGGUUCGACACUGGGCAUGUAUCUUGCGUCCAUCGCCAUGACUGUGAUCAUGUACAUCUUCUUCGCCAAUUCUGGAUGUACCAUGAACCAAGCUGCCAUCACUACCAACCUUAUCAUCUUCCUAAUCAUUUCGGUGGUCUCGGUUCAGCCUGCAGUUCAGGCAUCCAACCCUCGAGCAGGAUUAGCACAAGCUGCAAUGGUCACAGUCUAUUGCACGUACUUGAUGCUGUCUGCGGUGUCAAUGGAACCUGACGACCGUCAGUGCAAUCCCCUGGUUCGCGCGCGCGGCACCCGAACAGCCUCGAUCGUUAUUGGUGCUAUAGUUACAAUGUUGACCAUUGCGUAUACCACUACCCGCGCUGCUACCCAAGGUAUCGCUCUUGGCUCGAACGGAGCUCGUAACAACUACUCACGCCUUGGCCAAGAUGAGAUGGAGCACGGGCUUGUAACCCAGCAGCCUGGGUUGAGCCGCAGAGAAAUGCGUGCUGAAGCUCUCCGCGCCGCUGUUGAGAGUGGGAGCUUACCAGCAAGUGCUUUGGACGAAAGUGAUGAUGAGUCAGACGAUGAGCGAUCAUAUAGAGACGACGAGCGUCACUCCACUCAGUAUAACUAUUCCCUGUUCCACGUCAUCUUUUUCCUAGCCACCACUUGGGUGGCGACCUUGCUCACCCAAAAUCUGGACCCCGAGGCAAAGGACAAUUUGGCUCCAGUUGGAAGGACAUAUUGGGCUUCUUGGGUGAAAAUUAUUAGUGCCCUAGUCCACCAAAUCCAAUCUGGCCAAGUUAUAGUCGACCUAUGCUCCGUCGUGAAGGAACUGGUGGAGAACAGCCUAGAUGCGGGAGCAACAUCUCUAGAUAUCCGGUUCAAGAACAACGGGUUAGACUUGAUCGAGGUGCAAGAUAAUGGAAAGGGAAUAUCCCCAGACGACUACGAGACAGUUGCUUUGAAGCACUACACCUCUAAGCUGUCGAAAUUCGAUGAUUUAUCUUCCCUUCAAACCUUCGGUUUCCGGGGAGAAGCCUUGUCUUCCCUCUGUGCCCUUUCCAACUUCCACAUCAUUACCGCCCAAGCACACGAAGUCCCUAAAGCGUCGCGGUUAGAAUUUGAAAUUUCCGGAAAGCUUAAAAGCACACAUACAGUAGCAGGCCAAAAGGGAACCACUGCAUCCGUCGAAAAUCUUUUCAACAGACUUCCCGUACGACGACGGGAGCUCGAGAAGAAUAUCAAAAGAGAAUAUGGCAAGGUAUUGGGCCUGCUGCAUGCCUAUGCAUGCAUCAGUACCGGGGUUCGAUUUAACGUCAAAAACCAAAUGCCUAAGGGGAAGAGUGUCGUCGUUUUUGCUACCAAAUCGAAUACCUCGACGAACGAGAAUAUAUCCAAUAUAUAUGGAGCUAAAACUCUCCUCGCCUUGACCCCUCUUGACCUCGAAUUGGAAUUUAAGCCUAGCGGAAUGGGAAAACGUUUGAUUGGGGCUGGUACUAAUGACCCGAAUAAAAUAUUCGUUCAAGGCCAUAUCUCGAGACCUAUUUUUGGGGAGGGAAGGCAGACUCCCGACCGCCAGAUGUUUUUCGUCAAUUCGCGCCCAUGUGGUCUUCCGCAAAUCGCAAAGGCAUUUAAUGAAGUUUAUAAAUCCUUUAACAUCUCGCAGUCUCCAUUCAUCUUUGCCGACUUUAAAAUGGAUACGAAUUCUUACGAUGUUAAUGUUUCCCCUGAUAAACGUACUAUUUUGCUCCAUGACGCCGGCGCUCUCAUAGAGUCAUUGAAGGUAUCUUUAACUGAAUUAUUCGAGCGUCAAGAUCAAACGGUCCCACAAUCUCAAAUUUCUGGAAAGCAGUCCAUGUUGCAGCAUUCCUCGGGCACAAAUAUUCCUAAAUUUAUCUCUAAAAAAUCUGUGGAAUCAAGCGCGCCUCAACGUUCUGAGGAGAUUGUGGAAGCUGAUGGAAAUAACGAGGAGGACGAGCAAAGAGCGAUGAGAGCUUUCGUACAACGUUUUACUGGUCGUAGUACAACCGCAUACGACAUCCCUGAAAUCCCUGAAACCCAAGAGAACGCGGCGGUCGCGGACUCCCCCCAGUCCGCGGAAGAAUGUUCAGUUGCGAACGAAGGUGUUCCGCAACCCGUUACUACAUCCCAAGGGGUCGAGGAAAAUAUAUCCCCCGAAUACCAAUCUUGUGAAAAUGAAAAGAACAGCUUGGCAUCCACUUCCGCCCAACUUUUAGAUGAACAAUCCGACAAUCGAGCUAACUCAGCCUUUACUCUUGCAUCCUCCCUUCUGAGACAACAACCGCUUCAGUCGGUACGGAGCAGUCCAGCGCAACAUACACCCAAUGUGAUCCAGAACGCCUUCGACCGAAUGCGACCCAGCAGACCACCCCCCGAGCUCGCUACUAUUACAGUAGGAAACCGAACGGUCACAUCAACGAUAGGCAGAGAACAAACCAAGCGGAAAUUUGGAGCAACAAGCCUUGGAGGUUCAUCCUCUCGUCCUAAGCGCCGAAUUCAUGUUUCAACUAGCGGAAGUAAACUCGGGCAAGGUCUACGAUCAUAUGCGGCACCAGGCACUCAAAUGGAUGAUGGACUGGAACGCAUCAGCAGCAGUGGUGAACAAGGUCACUUAGACGCUGAAUCAGAAUCCGAGUCCGAUGAUCAUGAUGAAGAACUGGAUGAAAUCCACUCUGGACAGGAAAAUGAGCAUGAAUGUGACAACAGUGGGAAACAAAUUAGACGAGACGACAUGGAAGUAGGGAAAACAACAGAACUACAUGAUGAACCCGAAGUAUCCGAUUCAGAUGCAAGUUAUGUGGACGAACAGGAGAAAAGGGUUAGAGAAGAAGCGAGAGUUACAGAGCUGAUACAAGCAGCGGAAGAAAAGGCGUCCAUUCCCUCAGAAGAUACUAUACGAAGAGUCAACAAGAUAUCUAAACGAUCAGUUGGCGGAGUAUCCACAGUCGAUCUGGUAGGAUCUAUUAAUGGGUCAUUGGCCAGGAUCAAGGCUCAUGUUAGGUUGCUUCAGGAGGAACUACAGAACAUCAAAAACACUAGUUCUACCAUCAGCGAGGGAGAGAUAACCCAGGAGCCUGGAGAGCCAGGGUCAGCAGAAACACGACUAUCUCUCUCUGUCUCAAAGGAGGACUUCGCUAGAAUGCGCAUCAUCGGACAAUUCAACCUGGGAUUCAUCAUCGUAACACGACCACGGGGGAACCCAAAUGAUCCGAGGGCCUUCCCAAGUCACAAAAAUGACGAAGUAUUUAUAAUCGACCAACACGCAUCGGAUGAAAAAUACAACUUCGAGCGCCUCCAGGCCGAAACUGUCGUGCAGAAUCAACGACUGGUCAAGCCAAAAAUCCUAACCCUCACGGCUGUUGAAGAGGAAAUCAUAAUCGACAAUCUGCCUACACUGGAAAAGAACGGGUUUGUUGUGGAGGUCGACAGGAGUGGUGACGAGCCCAUCGGGCGCCGAUGUAAACUCACCAGUCUACCACUCAGUAAGGAAAUGGUAUUCGACACACAGGAUCUUGAGGAGCUAAUAGUUCUACUUGGUGAAUCCCCGCAAACACAAUCUGCAUCAUCACCAUCGUCAUCAGAUUCCGUCCUUACCCCCACCACAUUUGGAAGUAAAUAUAUUCCUCGUCCCAGUAAAGUUCGCAAGAUGUUCGCAAUGAGAGCCUGUCGGUCUAGCAUUAUGAUUGGGAAGACGCUUACUAACAAACAGAUGGACUGUGUUGUGAGACAUAUGGGGAUGAUCGAUAAGCCGUGGAAUUGCCCUCAUGGACGUCCGACAAUGAGACAUCUUAUGAGUUUGGGGGAGUGGAGUGCGUGGGAUGAAUGGGAGGCUGCGACACAGUUAGCAUCGGAGGAUGGUGGUGACGUGCGUCCAAGCACUGGGAUAGCCGUUUGGAAGAGGUUCCUCUCCGACUUGGACGAGGAUUAA